CUGAUUCAAACAAGGAACUGUGCUGCCGGCUGGCCGGGGCACACUUCAUACUGCUGGGUAGAUCACCGGCUGUCAUUACCCCUGAAGUCUAUUGCCAUUGCACGGCCAGACAGAGUUAAGACUCCUCCUCCUGGGAACUUGCACCAAGCAGAUUAUUUGCAUAGCCAGAAGAACAGGGAUUGUGGCGGAAUGGAGCGGGGUCCAAUCAGCCAUGAUAUAGCAGCUUUUGUUUACUGAAGUGACUUUGCCUACUAACCAUGUCACCAUGGAUGCUGCCUGGCAGUAAUAUACAGGUUUCAGACAAGUUGGCGUUAUCAGUCAUCACUGGCGACAAUGAUUUGAGAGGUGUAUCACAUUGUAAACAGCCAAAGGCCAACUCCAGCGCAAUGAACAUUAUUUUAAUUCAUCUCAAGGACAACCCUAACGUGGAGAAAAAUGUGAGAAAUUGCAGAGAGAAGUUUGAUGCUCUUUGAAUCCUGGUCUAUUCUUCAGUCUCUGCCUGUGUCCAGGGAUCAUCUAUCUCUAGGCAUCUGUCAAUGGCAACCCAAAAAAAGCGCAUUGUAAAAGAGUUGAAUCCAUACCUCACUUGUUAUAUCUGUAAAGGCUAUCUUAUCAAGCCAACCACGGUUACAGAGUGCCUGCACACAUUUUGCAAGAGUUGUAUUGUCCAGCACUUCGAAGAAAGCAAUGAUUGCCCAAAAUGCGGAAUUCAAGUUCAUGAAACGAAUCCUUUAGAAAUGCUAAGAUUAGACAAUACUCUUGAAGAGAUCAUAUUUAAACUGGUACCAGGUCUACGAGAAGAAGAAGAGCAGCGAGAAACGGACUUCUGGAGGAGGAAAAGACCUCAAGAGAAUGGAGCAGAUGGGCUUCCAAAUAAAAGGCUUAAGGAUGAUGAGGAGGAAAAUGACGAAAACCAAGACUACCACAGAAGCGACCCACAGAUUGCCAUCUGUCUGGAUUGCCUACGAAGUAAUGGGCAGUCGGGUGACAAUGUACUAAAGGGAUUGAUGAAGAAAUUCAUCCGCUGCUCAACACGCAUAACAGUCGGGACUAUAAAAAAGUUUUUAAGCUUAAAAUUAAAACUACCAAGUACAUAUGAGCUGGACGUUCUAUGCAAUGGAGAAAUCAUGGGAAAGGACCACACAAUGGAGUUCAUAUAUAUGACAAGAUGGCGGCUAAGGGGUGAAAAUUUUCAAUGUCCGAACAAUUCGACUGCACUACAUAUGUCGCUCUGUGAUAUUGCUCCUGUUGUUUCAGGGACAUCCUCAACCUCUUAUCCCAUGGUAUUGCAAUAUCGGCCAAGAAUUGACUUUGGUUAAUUGGUCGGGAACACUGAGAAGAAUUCUGCACUAUACGUUAACUCAUCAACAGAUUGCACAAUGAAUGGAUGUGCCUACUUACAUGGACUCAAAGGACACUGACUAUUAAACAGCAUGCAAAAUACAGAUGUGGUCUCUCUCUAACCUGCCAGUAGUGUCAUUUGUAGCUAUUGUUAUGAAACCAAGUGCCAGUCUGCUGUCAAACAUUGGACUGACUUCUAGGUAUGCUAUCCACAUGCAACCUAGCUUUGGUGGAGUUAAUAAUGUACACACAUUUUGUGGAUAUCUGGUUAGAGCCAACAUUUUUGCAUUACUGUUACUCCUAAUCUUUUUGUGGUUUUCUUGUUACCAAGUCUUUGGUAUAAUACCCAUGGUUGUAAUGUAGUGAAAUCCAUAAUGGUUUCCAAUGCAUAAUUGUGACUGACAAAAACUAGAAACUAUAUGACACAGAAUCUGAUUUGUAGAAUAAUAUCAUCAUCAUCAACAUCAUCAUCAAAAACAUUUAUGUGAUAUUCUGACCAGGAACAUUCAUCACCUCUUCACUGGGUAGAUUAUUCAGAGUUCUCCCACAGGGACUCCUCCACUUUCUAUAAUAGAAGACUGAAUUUACCGGCCCUGCACAGCUGCACGAGUUUACUCCCCAGAGUCGAACCCUAACUGAUCAAAAAUGUAUCACCUAUCCAGUGGACAGGGAUUAAUAUUUCAGUCUAGAAUACCUCUUUACUAGCACUUUCUUUUCUUUUAUGAUCAGAAUACUUCCAUUUACAAGUAUUUUAACAAGUAGCUUAUUUUUAUGUAUAGAUGAGCAAUAUACAAUAUGAUAAGCAACAAUUAGAUUUAAUUUCAACAGGCCAGAUAUCCUUCCUAAGGCUGGGUUCACACCACGUAUGGAACCGUAUUGAAAACCGUAUGCAUUGACUCUUCAUUGAAAACUGUAUGCCAAAUGAUGCAUCCGGUUGUGUCCAUUUUGCAUCUUGUACGGUUUUGUCAGUUUUUUUCCCGUACCCAAAACCGGGUGAAAAACCGUAUUGAAACCAUAUAUGUUUUUUUUCAAUAUGGGAGUCAAUGGGAACCGUACAGAACCAUAUGUGCGUACGGUUCCAUCUUGUUGGCACUAUACGAUUUUUACUUUGCACAUGCGCAGUGCACAACAAAAGUUUUUUUUACUUGGAAUUUCAAUCAAACAAGUGAAACUUUAUUCAUAAUGGAGUGAAAAGUUAAAAACAUAUAUUUUUGCAACCGGACAUCAUUUUUUCAAACCGUAUACAGGUUAAAAUUUGUACACACGUUUUGACAGUUUAAUACGGUUUUGAGAAAUCCGUUUUUCAUCAAAAACCUGAUACGGGAACUGUAUUGCAAAGACUUGGUGUGAACCCAGCCUAACACACAUUCUCUUUCGCAAAAAUAAACCCAUGAUUUCCCACAACUGAAUUUUAGAAAAUGUCACCUAACGCACCAGUGGUAGGGAGCUCACCAGUCUCCAACCAAUGUUUUUUUUUUUUUUUUUAAAGAGACGGCCAUACAUAUGCAGUCACGUCUUAGGGCUCUAUUACACAGGGUCAUAUGCCAGGACAGGCCGAUGUUGUCCUGUGUAAUUGGAACAGUGAUCAGCGAAUGAACAAGCUUGUUCGCCAGUUGAUCGCAUUCUAUUUGGGAUGCUAAAUAAAAUCUUGUAUGUCUGCCGCACGUAUCCCCAAAUGAUAGAAGUGUGAGCGAUGAAACUAAACUAAAAUAGGCAGAUGUUUGUGUAUUUCUAUUGAUGUCCAAUAGUAGCUAACCAUCUUCAAAGUAGAUGUUAGGCAAGAUAAAAAUCUUUCUUUUCUUACAUUAAUCUAACCUUUAUAUCAGCACAUUAUAAAAGAUAGGCAUCCUCUGGUAUUUUUGUAGUUUAGAAUAUAUUUCCCAUAAGGUUUUGCCAUUAAAAUUGACUAUCUAUCUAUUAACCACACGUGUCCAGAACUUCAUAUACCUCUUUCCUUCUCCUCUCUUGCCAAAUGUUUAAUUUGCAUUAGUCUUCCAUUUUUUAUUUUUUAUAAUUUAUUAAAUGCAGAUAAAAUGCAAGAAAUCCAUGAAAAUUCCAUGUAAAAUGUUCUGGCCAUAAGUGACAUAGUAAUAUGUGUAGUUCUAUAAUUCUUUUAAAUGUUAAUGGUAAUGAGUUGCAUAUUUUUAUUUAUACCCAUGGGGGGACAUGUAUCAAAUAUUUUACCCCUGUUUUGUGUUGAAAUUUUAGCGCAAGCUGUUUUUUUGCUUUUUCUUUUCUGUACAUUCUGGUGGAGCAUUUUCUCCAGAUGUGUAUGUUUCGGUGUACCUUGGAGUGACAUAUUUAGUGCACACAAAUGUAUUAAAGGACAUCUAUAGUGCAAAAUAACUUAUCCCCUAUCCGAAGGAUAGGGGAUAAGUUAUGGAUCACGGGGGGUCCGAGCGCUGGGGCCCCUCCACGAUCUUCGGUACGGGGCCGCGGCAAUAUACAGGAAAGGGGGCGUUCCGUCCCCGCAUGACGCGACAGCCGACAUGCCCCCUCAAUGAAUCCCAUAGAGAUACAUGGAGGGGGAGUGUCUGCCGCGGCUUUCUGCUGGGGACGAAACUUCACUUCCGGCAGACUGCCGCGGCCAUGUCCAGGAGAUCCCGGAGGGCCCCAGCGCUCGGACCCCCGCAAUCUAUAACUUAUCCCUUAUCCUUUGGGUAGGGGAUAAGUUAUUUUGCGCUGGAGUACUCCUUUAACUGCGUCCAUUUUUUACCCCCAGAAAUCUUGCGCAAUUACCAUAUUUUUUACGCAAAUAUAAGCCAUUUUGGACUGCUCGUAGCAAGAUGCUCUAAAUCAUCAAUUUCAUUUUCCAAAGAGUGGAUUGAGGAGAUUACUAUAUUUACCUGCAAUUUAUGAAAAUCAUUGCGCUUGAUUGAUAAAUUUAGCGCAUCUGCGCAUAAUUUUGAAUUCGGGGUAAACUGCUUCUACCGUACACAAAUAAUGAUACAUGUCCCCCCAUGGUCUAUAUUAGUGCGUCUUAUACAAUCUGUAGGUAAGCAUUCUAAAGAAUAAGUUGGUAGCACUUGCUUGUAUUAUAGAAAACUGUGUGCCUCAUUGUAGAAUUAUAUAAUUCAAUAUACAGUCUGGUUUAUAUAUGAAAAAUACAUAGAAAUAUGUAUAUGCACUGUGAGCGUUUAGAAAAGAUGCUAUUAUUCCCUGUGCGGUGAGCUGGGUAUAUUUUCUUAUGUAUGUUUCUUUAAAGAAGGAUAGUACUUAUUAUAACUUACUGACAAAUAUGCUAUAAAAUAUGUAAAGAUGCCUUUAAGAUGUAACCAAAAGAACUAAGACUACAGAGGAGAAUCUCUAUUAUAAAAGAUAGUUUCAUGACCAAAUUCCUUGUACUACCACGUCUGAAGAAGGGACUUGAUGUCAGGAAGUAUAUUUUUCUAAGUUAUUUUUAGUUAAAAUUGUAUUUUGUACCUUGUGAAAGAAGUGAGGUCGUUGCAUAUUCUCUCAUUUCCUUUCAGAUUGAUAUUUUGUAAUGAUGCUGAAAUUGAAAUGGAUUUUAUAAGAAAUGGCACAUUUUGUAAAUAGUCUUCAAGAGCUGAAUAUCUAUCUAAACAGUUUACUCUAAUAUAAAACUGGAUUGUUGGA